AUGGGCGCCAUCAGCAACAACAGUCGCAAGCUCGCUCACUUUGCAGGCUUCUACAAGGGUAUUCAGUCAGCAGGUGCUGCCAUCGUCUGGCGCUGGGAUGAGUUGAAUGCCACGUAUGUGAGCCAGUUCGCUUCGUUCUGGAUCCUGCUUGGCGACAGCCUGAUUGUUGCGCCCCCGGUCUUGAUUCUUAAGAUCAAAGACACGGUGCCAGUUGAGGAAGACCUCAAAUUCACGGACGAGACAAUCGAGGAUGUCAUCGGUUUCAGAAGUAGUUAUGAUUUCCCAGGCAAGAGCAAGAGCAGUAUGGCUUGA